CAUUUUCCAAAGGGAAUCACGCGAACUGCUUCCAACACCAAAAGCAAAUGGCGGUGUUGCAGCAAGAAGGGAAUUCCCAGUUCUAAAUAUAGUAACAAUCAUGGCAUCAAAAUGUACAAAAAGAAGGACUACACUGGAAUCGAAUCAUUCCGCACAAAACACCGAAGAGAUCAACUUCAACUCAAACUUUCAUGUUGUCUAAAAGACAUGAAUGCGAUCACUUUUUUAGCUAUCACCACUCUCAUACUGAAUGCUGACAAGCUGGCUUCAGUCGGGGAAACAUUAAGUGAUUGUUACGUCGAUGGAAAGUGGAAACUGUACAGCCGCAACAAACGCUUAUGUUGUGGAGGACGGCUGGAGAUUAUGACACCGGGAAAGAGAUGCUGUGGAGGUAAUAACACUAACAAUCGAAUAGAAGUCGAAUAAUGGAGUAACCAAUACAGUCUACUACGACACCCAGAGUCUGUGCUGUGAAGACACGAUGUACGACAGGUUCGACGAGAAAGGGGUGGAGUAUGGGUGCUGCAGUAAAUCUACAAUCCCAGUGGAGACAACUGUCUGCUGCGGCGGUAACAGCCAUCUUAGACACCCAGAUAUGGGUUGUUGCGGCACGGAGUAUAUCAACCUCACACAGCAGAUGUGUUGUCAAAAUGAAGACGACCCCGCACAGGUCAGUAAACACGUUCGUGGAGAACACUACGGGUGCUGUGGUCACCUGGUGGUCGACAUGUCCCUGCAGAACUGCCGCUGGAACGUCUCCGGCAACACACGCCAUCCUGUUACAGUCAACAAACAGGACGAGUUCUGUGAUGGCAAGAUCAUCUCACUCCGAGAAAAGACAUGUUGUGACGACCAAAUCUAUGAUGAACCCUACCUGAACCCUGAAGACCAGGCCCAAAGAAACCCUAAGGUGGGUUGUUGUGGCACAGUUGGGUACAAUAAGAAGCGUGAAGUCUGCUGUUCCCAGGAUCACAGAGCUGAGGUUGUUAUCCCCCUCGAUGACCACUUGGAAUGUUGUGUGGGUACCGAGACAGGGUAUUACAACACCACAACGGAGCUAUGUUGUGCUGGCAACACCAGGCCAAGGUCUAGCAGCCACGACAAAUGCUGUUGGGGGCGAAAGAUAGAUGGAAGCAGGCAGGGAUGUUGUGAUAGACUCCCCUACGAGAAGGACACACACUUCUGCUGUGAAGGUUCCCCAUCAAGGGUACUGAAGAAAGGGAGCACCUGUUGUGGAGGAGCCAAGCUGGCACCAAACAGCAUAUGCUGUGGAAAUACACAGGUGGAGCUCAAGGAAGGUCAUGAUGCAUGCUGUUUCAUCUAUUACUCAAACCGGUUCACCACAUACAACAGAACGCAGAAGGUGUGUGUGGAAGGUGAAGUCCUGACAAUACAGAAGGGUAAGGACCGGUACUGUGGCCAUGACCAAUACAAUGACAACAAGGCUGUAUGCUGUGACGGUCAAGUCCAUCACUUCCCUCCUGGAGACACUCUCGGUUGUUGCCGCUGGGAGCAGAAGCAGACGGUCUAUAGUGAGACAAGCCAGAUGUGCUGCCAGGGUCACGUCCACAACACCUCCAUCAAUGAAGCAGAAUGCUGUGGGACUAGCUCUUACCCUACACAAUCAUCACACAACCCAUGUCAUAAGAAGUGUGGAGACUCCUAUUACAAUGCUGGUGUCUCUGUGUGUUGUGGCAAUAAGCAGUUCUCGAUGGAAGACCAUGGAGAUGACUGUUGUGGAAACUCCCCCUACUUCAGCAUGGAGCAGACAUGUUGUAAUGGGAGGCUCUACAACACCACACAGGUCGGCUCUUGCUGUGGUAAGGAGCUCUACAAUCCCAAGAAUCAGUCAUGCUGUGGGGGAUAUACAGUUGUUCCCCGUCGAGGCCGCAGAAGACAGAGAUGCUGUCAAGAUACAAUGGUGUAUACUCGCCAAAAAGGACAGUGCAAGUCAAAUGGAAUUGUUCACAGGAAAAAGAAUAUACAUCCAGUGGAAAAUUUAUGCCAACCAAGGACAUGGCAAGAUCUGAACGGCAUUGAAGUGAAAGAGUGCUUCCAAAGAUAUGCAAUCCAGUGCACCAUCAAGAAGAAACGCUCCUUAAAGCGGCAACGGGAACUACAGAUUACAAUGAAAUGCAGGAACCUGAAGCGCCGAUACCUCAGCGAGAUGUAUCAUGAUUCAUUUGUAAAUCAAGGCAAGGACAUGCUGAAAGUCAAAAUCAGCCUGCCACUGAAGAAGAUCCGUUGCAACAAGAAGAAGUUGAAAGACAAACGGGUCAUUAUAUUUCUGGACAAACAACCUACUGUCACGGUCAGGGGUCAGAAAAGACAUAUUGAGCUGAAAAUUUCAGAGAAAGAUACAUUCCGAGUUGUUGCAGAUAAGAAACAUAUACGUGAGCAUUUGCUUAGAAGUAGCUCACAGAAAUACUGUUUUCGGUUGUUUUCUGUUUUGAGCCCUGAAAAUCUGUAUUGAUAGAUAGCUACUGUGUUGUCUGGGUUUCCCCACAUUUUGUAUGAGAGUUGGGUGUACAGCUUUAUAACAGAUUAGGGUUGAGGGUAUUGGGGGUUGGAAUAUGGGUCAAGCACUCUCCUACCCAGAGUUCCAUGCGGCAAACCAGCAUAGUACCUCUGCCACAGGCCAGAAAAUUGUGACGAUUCGUCACAUCUUGCAAUGUCCAUUCAAUGUACAGAUUUCUUUUACUCUUUUACUUUUGACGAGUCUACACAUCUAACUAAACAUCUUUAAUAGAAUGGUUUAGUUUCACUGAGAAAAUAUCCCAAAACAUGUAACACUAUUUCGAUUUGCAUAGCAAUUCUUUGUUUACGUAGGUUGUAUGGCUCCACGUGCUGUCAUCGAAGCUGAUGGAGAGCAAACGAUGCAGCCAGUUUGAUAUCUAAAUAUGUACUGUCAUAGACCUUACUGUCGCAGUUGUGGAAGAAUAUAUAUGUAAAACAAUAUG